AUGAAUAUUCGGUUAGAAAAGACCUUUAUUCGCCGAAAAUUUGGAAUGACCACAGCUCAAGGCUCCUUCUCCCACACACCCGGGCCUCGCACUCCACACCCCUCUUCGUCGAAGUCUGCCAGGAGAUCCUCAGGCCCCGGCCCUGCUCGGAGAGAUCCGGACCAAGUGGAGGUGGCAGGAGAGGCCGUGCCGGCGGAAGAGUCCCCCAGGACCGCGGCGCGGACUGGCGGACGGGGCAGGCGCUGCCAGGGUGGACGACCUCGGGCAGGCGCCACACGGAGCUGCGCGGAGGAGCGACCUGGGUCGCGGAGCCAGGCACUGGCAUUCCUGGAGAAGUAUGGCUACCUCAAUAAUCAGGUCUCCAAAGGUCUCUCCUCCGCUCGAUUCAGCAAUGCCAUCAGAGAGUUCCAGUGGGUGUCUCGACUGCCUGUCAGUGGUGUACUGGACCGUGCCACCCUGCGUCAGAUGACACGGCCCCGCUGCGGGGUCGCAGACACUGACAGUCAUGCAACCUGGGCAGAGCGGAUCAGUGCACCGUUUGCUGGACGCCGGGCCAAAAUGAGGCGCAGGAAACGCUUUACAAAGCAAGGCAACAAAUGGUACAAACAGCACCUCUCCUACCGCCUGGUGAACUGGCCUGAGCGCCUGCCUGAGCCUGAAGUCCGGGGCGCCGUGCACGCUGCCUUCCAGCUGUGGAGCAACGUCUCAGCACUGGAGUUCUGGGAGGCCCCAGCCACAGUCCCCGCAGACAUCCGCCUCACUUUCUUCCAAGGAGACCACAACGACGGACUGAGCAAUGCCUUCGAUGGUCCAGGGGGCGCCUUAGCGCACGCCUUCCUGCCUCGCCGGGGCGAGGCGCACUUCGACCUAGACGAGCACUCGCCCGCGCCGCGCGCGCUCAUGGCGCCCUACUACAAGAGGCUGGGCCGCGACGCGCUGCUCAGCUGGGACGACGUACUGGCAGUGCAGAACCUGUAUGGGAAGCCCCUGGGGGGCUCAGUGGGCACCCAGCUCCCAGGAAAGCUGUUCACUGACUUUGAGGCCUGGAACCCCCACAACUCCCAAGGCAGGCGCCCUGGAACCCAGAGCCCUAAGUACUGCCACUCUUCCUUCGAUGCCAUCACUGUAGACGGGCAAGAGCGACUGUACAUCUUUAAAGGGAGCCACUUCUGGGAGGUAUCCCCUGAUGGCAAUGUCUCAGAGCCCUGCCUGCUGCAGGAAAGGUGGGCAGGGCUGCCCCCCAACAUCGAGGCUGCUGCAGUGACGCUGGACGAUGGAGACUUCUACUUCUUCAAAGGAAGUCGAUGCUGGAGGUUCCGGGGUGCUAAGUCAGUGUGGGGUUCCUCCCAACUGUGCCGGGCAGGGGGCCUGCCCCGCCACCCCGAUGCGGCCCUCUUCUUCCCUCCUCUGCAGCGCCUGAUCCUCUUCAAGGGUGCCCGCUACUAUAUGCUGGCCCGCGGGGGGCUGCAAGUAGAGCCCUACUACCCGCGCUUCCUGCGGGACUGGGGCGGUGUCCCGGAGGAGGCCAGUGGAGCCCUGCCAAGACCUGAUGGCUCCAUCAUCUUCUUCAGAGAUGACCAUUAUUGGCACCUCGACCAAGCCAAACUGCGAGUGACCACCUCGGGCCGCUGGGCCACUGAGCUGCCUUGGAUGGGCUGUUGGCUUGACAACUCAGGGGGUGCCCUGUUCUGAAGGUCCCCCCAGGAAUGUUGGUGCUCUGAGGCCAACUCACCUCUCCUGUCCCAGGGCAGACCCUGCCUUGGAAGUCUCUGAGCCUCCCUGCGGAAGAGCAGGCAGCAAAGUCGCCCCUGGGAAGCUUGUACGAGUUGUCUGCACUUAUUUCCCAGAGAAGGCGGCAUUGUCUUUGUGCUGUUUCCUCUAUAUGGACACAGGGGUGGAUCCAUCGAAGGAAAGGUAACAAAGGGUCCCAGAUCCUCAGCCCAUUUCAAGGACCACUGUCCUCAAGCUUUGGGGAUUGACCGUGCUGGGCUCCAAGCAGGGAGAAUGCAAAACUCAGUGGAAAGCUUGCAGACUGUUUUGCAAAGCACUCCCCUUCUCUUAGGGCCUGCUGGCUCAGUUCCUAGAAAAUUGUGUCCUUUAUAAUCAAAGCCCUCAGCCCCGGGAAGCUUGGGGUAAAGGCACAAGAUGUCUCCAACCUCAGAGACCCUUUGCCGGAUCAGGGUGCAGGGCGGAAAGGAGACUGAUGUGGACCUCCUGGAUCUGGCUUUGUGUCUGGGAAAGAAUGAAGAGGCGCCCCCAGCUGGUGGCCCUGGAAGCAGCAAGCAGCCUUUUUGAAGUAGUUCUCCAUCCUUUCUGGGAGAGCAGGUGGGCGUGGACGUGGGAGAAGCCGGAACCAUGCUCUUCCACCCAAGCCAGGGCUGGCCAGCUGUUCCUAGUUGUGAUGAGAGAGGAGGCCUGCCUCUCCCCAGGAAGCAAAAGUCCUCAACCCCCACUACCCCUCCUGCGCCAGAUGGAGAGCCCAGCGCAGCAGGGAGCUAUCAGAAGCUCCCUGGGGGUCUGCACUGUGCAGCAGCCUCCAGGAAGCCCGUGGGGUGGGGUGGGGUGGGGUGGGGGCUGGUGCUCACAAUGGCCCCAUUCUGAGACCACACACGCAGCAUUCCCGAAACGCCUGCUGUCUGGCCAAGAAUAGCUGGGAUUCCUGCAGAAGGAACCAGCUCGCGAGCAGCCCUGUCUUGUUCCUCAGCCAAAACAGAAGUCUGUUUUAGCAUCCGGUUCUGCAGUCCUCUCCCUGCCCUCCCCAACACACACACCUGCCAGCGCCUCCUAGGUUCUCCCAGGCGUUGCCGGCCUGGCGUUGCCUGGCCUUCUCUGUGCUCCUUUGGAGCAAGUGCUUUGUGCAGCCCAGUCCUGAGAAGGCGAAGGAGGAGGCUCCCUGGCCGCCCUUCUCUCUCCGGCUUGAGCCCCGGGAAGAAGGAACGCCCAGUUUUCAUCACUCCCACGUGCAGCCGCCUUACCCACACUUCAAAGCACAGACACUUUGCCGGGAGGCUUUAUUGAAUGCCUCGAGGGAAGGAGCAGUUGGAGGGAACCCCGAGGUCGUGUCCCCGAAGCGCCGCCUCUGCCCAUCUUGGAGAUGAGCGAAGCUGCGUCGAGACCUGGGUCGGGAGGGCCUUACGCAGGCGCCAGGUUAUGCCGGGCUCUGCACGACUAAAGCCCGUCUAGGUGGAGGGGUCGGGGGGACACCCUGCCUGAUGGGUGCUCGGGCGAGGGCUCCGCGUCAGGGGAGUUGAGGGUCAGGCGAGGAUGGAGGACACAAAGGCUGAGAGCUGGGGCGCUCAGAGCCCGCGGCGGCCUCCGCCCUACCCAGAUCCGGGUGCUCCAGGACACUGUGUGCCACGUAGGCCGGGUGGCUGUGUAGGGUGCCGCACUUCUUGCAGAAAAGGACCUCGCAGCGCGCACAG